UUGCUGCCAUCUACCGGCAAAUAAUUGACAUUGAAAAAGGGAGUUGAGCUACUGACUCUCGCGAUAUUUGUAGAUUUCGGCUGCGUGCUGAUCACAAACAGGAACAGGACAUGACAUUAGUGUUCGGAGGUGUAGAAGGUGGAGGGACUCAUUCCAAGGCUGUUCUGCUGUCAGAAGAUGGAAAGAUCCUGGCAGAGACUGAGGGAUCAUCGACCAAUCACUGGUUGGUGGGAGUUGACAAAUGUAUUGAGACCAUCAAUGACAUGGUGCAAAGAGCCAAGGUAGAGGCCGGACUGGAUCCAAACACACCGCUGCGUUCUCUGGGCAUGUCUCUGAGUGGAGGAGAGCAGAAGGAGGCCAUAGACAAACUCAUUGCUCAGAUGAAGGAACGUUUCCCCAGUCUAAGCCAGCACUACUUCAUCACCACAGACGCUAUUGGUGCAAUGGCAACUGCUAGCAAUUGUGGAGGAAUAGUAUUGAUAUCAGGAACAGGCUCCAACUGCAAGCUAGUAAAUCCUAAUGGCUCACAAGUUGGCUGUGGAGGCUGGGGUCACAUGAUGGGUGAUGAAGGGUCAGCAUUCUGGAUCUCUCAUCUAGCAGUGAAGACUGUUUUUGAUGCCAGAGACAAGCUGGUGUCUCCUCCUCAUGACAUAGAGCAUGUCAGAAAAGCCAUGGAGGAAUAUUUUGAGGUGUCAGGUCUAAUGGGGAUGUUGCCGCAUCUCUACAGAAACUUCCAGAAAUCACACUUUGCUGGUUUCUGCAAGAAGCUGGCUGAAGGCGCAGAAGCAGGCGAUCCUCUGUGUCAGCAUUUGUUCACUGAGGCUGGGAGAGUCCUGGCCAAACAUGUGGUAGCAGUGUUACCUGCAGCACAGGAGCCCCUGUUGAGAGGAGACCGUGGCCUCCCUAUACUGUGUGUUGGUUCCGUAUGGAAGAGCUGGGAGCUUCUUAAACCUGGCUUCACUGAGGUGUUAAGGGAAAUUGCAUCAUCGGUUGGGCUUCGAGGUCUAUUCCAUGGGUACACCCUCCUCAGUCUACGCCAGUCUUCAGCAGUUGGUGGCGCCAGUCUUGGAGCUCAAAGUUUAGAUGCCAAGCUAUCUAUGGACUACAGCGCCAACACUAACGUCUUCUACAAACACACCUUCAACAGCAGUAAAACCUGUGAGUGAGGUGUCAGUCACCCAGUGGGAUAGAUUGCCAUUAGGCAACGACGAUUACUGACAUCAGUAAAACUGAGGAGAUUUUCUUUGAUUCAGCAGUCAUUCCAAAUAUUGUCCUUGCCAUUUACUGGGAUCAGAAACUUCAGAAUUCUUUUCCAACUGAUUAUAUGUUUAAAAAUUGUAUCUAAUAUCUUUUAAAUAAAAUGUUUGCAUGACAAAAAUCUCAAAA